UAAUCAUUACUUUCCAGACACUACCUUGUGUUUUCCAGUAUACACAUAUUUCACACCCCACACCAACUCCACCUCUGGAUUUACAACACACCUUACCUUAUCUCUCUCUCUCUCUCCAAGAAAUUCUCUUCUCACUCAUUUCUGUAGAUUUCCCACUCUCUACUUCUCUACAUGGCAGAUAUAGCAAAGUAUGCACCCAUCAAUGGCGGCACUUUGAUCUCAGACUUCAAAGCCCACUUCUCCAUCUUCAGAACCAAGAGGACCGUCGCUCUUGCUUAUGCCUUCGUCUUUGUCUUCAUCGCCAUCACCAUUUUUCUUGCCUUCUCCCCCUCUUCUAACUCUUCUUCUCCCUGGUUUACCAACAUAUUCAGCACCACCACUGCAACCACUUCUCCCAUAGAUGACUCUUACAGAUCUCAUUUUUCUUCUAUUUUCUCUUAUUUUUUCCCCAACUCAUCAUCCUCCACUUCACAAUCCCACAAUUCCUCCACCACCGACACUUCUCGAUCUCAAAACAUUGAUUUUUUCCCACCCAAUUUGAGUAAACCCCCUUCUGUUCUUGAAAAUCAGACUAAUACUCAUAAAGUUGAAGCCUUGAACCCCCUUGUAAACCAAACUGCGAGCAACAACACCAACCCCUCUCCUGAGUUGAGCAAAGGAUCCCCUGACGUCAGUAACCAGACUCAAAACAAGCAGUUGGAUCCUAAAGGUGAAGUCUUGCAGCAAAAUCAGACUCAGACUGAAGAGUUUCAGGGUAGAGUUCAAGUGUUGAAGGCAAAUCAGAGCACAAAUGCGGCCACGAACUCUCCAGAAACUACGAAUACGACUGUGGCUUCAUCACCAAAGUCUGCCUCCGAGAUGAAAAAUGUUACUGCAAAUGGAGACAAGGGAAUAGCAGAGAAUGGUGCAGUUAAGAAUUUAACUUCUUCUCUGAUGAAGAAACAGAACAAUGGCACUGAUACUGCCAAGGCGAAACAAGGGAUUGAUGACCUGAUAAAGUCCCUGAUGAACUGUAAUCUGUUUGAUGGGAAUUGGGUGAGAGAUCAUUCUUACCCACUGUAUAAACCCGGUUCUUGUUCUCUGAUAGAUGAGCAAUUCAACUGUUUCCUCAAUGGUAGGCCUGAUAAUGGCUACUACAAACUUAAAUGGAAGCCAAAGGGUUGCACUUUACCAAGGUUGGAUGGAAGUCAUAUGUUGGAAUUGUUGAGAGGAAAAAGACUGGUUUUCGUGGGGGAUUCACUGAACAGGAAUAUGUGGGAAUCCCUUAUUUGCAUCCUCAGGAACUCUGUGAAAGAUCAGAAGAAGGUGUAUGAAGAAUUUGGGAGGCACCAUUUUCGGACAGAAGCUUCUUAUUCCUUUAUAUUUGAAGACUACAAGUGCACAGUGGAGUUCUUUGUAUCUCCUUUCCUGGUUCAAGAAUGGGAACUUGCCGACAGAAAUGGAACAAAGAAGGAAACACUUCGGCUAGAUCUAGUCAGUCGGUCUGCUGAUAAAUAUAAAAAUGCAGACAUCAUUGUGUUCAACACUGGACAUUGGUGGACUCAUGAAAAGACUUCCAAAGGGAAGGACUAUUAUCAAGAAGGCAGCCAUGUCUAUGGUGAGUUGAAUGUCCUCGAGGCAUUUCGGAAAGCUAUUACAACAUGGGGAAGAUGGGUCGACGCCAAUAUCAAUCAAACGAAAACACUUGUGUUCUUCAGAGGCUAUUCAGCAUCUCAUUUCAGCGGCGGGCAGUGGAAUUCUGGUGGGCAGUGCGACCAUGAAACGGAGCCAAUAAAGAACGAAACAUAUCUCUCACAAUAUCCCCCCAAGAUGACUGUCGUGGAGAAAGUCCUGAAAGGAAUCAAGACCCCGGUAACUUAUCUCAACAUCACAAGGAUGACAGAUUAUCGCAAGGACGGCCAUCCAUCAAUGUAUAGGAAGCAACAUAUGUCCGAUGAAGAAAGGAGAUCGCCCUUAAGUUUCCAAGACUGCAGCCAUUGGUGCCUCCCGGGGGUACCCGAUGCAUGGAACGAAAUCCUCUAUGCAGAACUCUUGGUAAAACUAAACCAGAAGCAACAAUCACAGAAGAGACCAUAGUCUGAUCGAAUAUAGACAGAUACAACCAACCUGGAGAAGAUCCAAGAAUUAGUACCUUUUUUGAAUAAUGGUAGUAUACAUAAAUUAUGACAGGAGGGAGAGAGAGAGAGAGAGAGAGAGAGAGAGAGAGAGAGAGAGAGAGAGAGAUUAUUGAAGUUAAUAGAUGUGGAGAAAGAGAUUUGUACUGAAAUGAAAGAGAUGAAUGUUAUUUUUAUUACUUGGUACAAGAGUUUGGUGCUCGAAAAAUGUAAAAAUGUUAAUUAUGUUGUUUGGUGUUGUCGAUAAUAAACUAAUGCAUGUCUGUA